GUGUGGUGUUGGUGACGUGCGUAUGGUGUCGGAACGCUUAGAGGUUAAGGUAGUGAGAGAAGUAAUCAGAUUUUUAUUAUGACGUUAAGUAAAUAGUGACAGUGCAGUGAUGGAUACACCAACAGGAGGGGGAAGAGAUUCCCGUUUUAAUAUGGGAUACAAUAUGUCUCUUUUAAGUGGUGAAACGCCGCCUGAAAUAUACGGAAGUACAAGCCAUGCGAGACCUACAACGUCUCUAACUUCUGGAGUGUCAAGGUCUUCAGUUUCGUUACCAAGUACUUGCAGUGCGGGUAUGACUCGUGGACUGAAGCGAACGUCUUCAGAUGUGUGUUUUGAACAAGAAGUGUCAGGUAGACCCAGCAUGUCAUCUCAAAGUGGGAUGGGCUUAUCAACGGACUGUGGCACUGACAUUGGGGACGAGGGCUACUCACAGGCCCAGAAAAAGACGCCGCCACCGAAUGGUAAAAAGACGAAGGGACGCGUUAAAAUAAAGAUGGAAUAUAUUGACAACAAACUUCGACGAUAUACAACUUUUUCGAAGAGGAAGACUGGUAUAAUGAAGAAGGCUUAUGAGCUUUCAACACUGACAGGGACCCAAGUGAUGCUUUUAGUGGCCUCUGAGACAGGCCAUGUCUACACUUUUGCUACCAGAAAACUGCAACCGAUGAUAACAUCGGAAGCAGGGAAAGCUCUAAUUCAGACAUGCUUGAAUUCCCCUGAUCCACCACCUUCGGGUGUUGGGGGCGACCAGAGGAUGUCUGCUACUGGGUUUGAGGAGACGGAGCUGACGUACAACAUUGGUGAUGAGGAGCAGAAAGAAGAGGCAAUGUCACCGCGGUCGGACGGUGCCGGCCAGGACAGCGCAGACUCCAGCGGCAACGAGUCCCCCGGACACGACGAUGCUGCGCGGGGCGGCUUAGAGCGCUACCAGGAGGCACCGGGGCCGGGCGCGGCGGCUCGCGUUCUGCCCCACCUCAUCUCCGCGAGCAUGGUGUCGCCCCCGUAUCCCGGUGUAAUGUACCAGACGUCCCAGGGCAUGGUGUACGCGUCGCCUUCAGGCAUCCCGAACGGGGUCAUCUUCAGCCUAAGCAGUCAGGGACAGCUUCACCACGAGUCGGGUGGAUCAAGUCAGCAUCCAUCAGGUCAUCAGUUCCUCAUCCCUUUACAUAUACCACUGUCAGCAGCUGCUAACGGGUUGCCGAGUGAAGCAGCAGACCUCUCCAAAUCGAGAAAAUGAUGCCGGUUGAAUCACUUGGUAAAAUGUAUUUCAGGGUGCAUUAUUCAAUGAUGAGAGUUAUGUUUUGUGGGGUGAUUUCAGGAAAAUGCAAAAGGUGUGAAAAUAAGUGACUGUAGAGAGCUGGUAUACAGUGAUGUAACUGAGUAGACAUUGUGGAAAGAGACUGGAUUUUCUUUCUCUUCGUUCCCCGUACAUUGUCAUUUUUUAUGUAUGGAUCUGGUUGCAAUUAAUUUUAAUUGGAAAUGGAUAAAAUGCUCAAGUGAAAGAAGUAAGGUAUUGAAAAUAAUAAUAAUAAUAAUAAUAAUAUAUACAUAAAUAUAUAUAAAUAGAUCAUUUAUUAUUGUUAAUGAAGUUGUUGUUAUAACAGUGUUCAGUAUGUGUAACACACAAGCAUGUAAGUCUCCUUUGGGAUCUACAUUACUGUAGUAUUUUAAUUCUUAGGAAUCACAUCCUGCAGUUUAACUCAAAUUUGAAGGGUUUCAUUGUUUAUUCCAUAAUAAAUGCAUGUCAUACUAUGUCAGUCACUUCAGCUCCUUGGACUUAUAUCUCACAAGAUUAUCUUUUUUUGUGUAUUUAUUUCUUAAAUCCAUUAUGUGUUGCAACUGUGGGGACUGAAGUUUCUGCUGAUCAUCCUUGUUAUAGCAUGGUUCAGCAUCCUGAGGUCUCUGUAGGUUAUUUAGUGGGAGAUGUGUAGAAACCUCAUCUGCCACUACGUGGUACUGAAAUGUGCUCUGUUUGUGCCAAUGCUUGGUGCUGUUUUCCAUAACCUGCUUAUGUGCCCAACACCUGGAACAUAAUAAUUACUGUUAGGUGUGAUUAUUCACUUAAAAGAAAAAAUAGUGGUGGUUUCAGGAAUAUAUAUGCUUUUGAUUUAUCAGACACAUGUAUUUCACUCACAUCAGUAGUCAGAGCUAGUGAUGUGUAGGUUCAACACUUCUCAGGAGUUAACAGAUACGUUUACUCUCUGUCAGUAUUUUCUCUCUGUGUUGGAAAAUGAAACUCUGAUUUAAAAGACAUUUGCACAUUCAAAAUUGUUUCCUGUUAAUUCUACCUUUUCAGCCUCUGUAGUUGAUACUGUGUUUAGCAGAGGGUCUUAUUUUAGGGUCUUUACAACUGACUUCAUACGAUCAUUUAAACCAGAGUAUUUGAUUUGUUGCUGCUGCUGCUGAUGAAGAUAGCAAUUAUACCGUGAGUAAUCUGAAGCUUGUUGCAAAUGAAAAAAAUUUUUCUUCUUCGUAUGUUUCAGAUUAAGGGGUAUGUGAUAUUUUAAAACUUGUAUUCUGAGGCUCCAUUAGAAGAAUAUAGCUCAUAACUGUGUGUUUGCUUGAUGAUGUCACUUCAGUAAUGUACUCAAUAGUAACAAAAUAAUCAAAUUGGAAGUUUCUAAAUCAUUGAUUUGAUAGUAGGAGAAGGAAUGAAGGAAAUUAAAAUGUAAUAAGAUAAUAAGGACCAGAAAGAGAAGAGUGGCCACAAUAAACCUACUGGUAAAAGUGAUAUAAUGUACAAAAGAGUAACCCAAGAAUUUGAUACUGUUCAGUGGCAAUAUGAACCAUGUCUAGUCUCAAUAACACCAACUACUGAACACAUAUAUAACAAGUGUACUGGAAUGUGUGUCUUUUGCCUCAAAACAGGAUAUGCAUUCUAGUGUAGCUAAGGGGUAAAUCCUAACUCAUAAUAUUUUCCCUGUGAAGACCAUUGCAGAAUUAAGAGAAUGGGAUUGCAGUAUGUGUGUUUUAUUUGUUAUUCAAGUAAAUGAGAGCAUACUGGUGCACCUCAGUAGCUGAAUGGUUAGUGUUGCUGCUUUCAAUAUUUUCAGAAAAUGGUCAUUCAUCACUGCAGGACCACCAGAUAACUGAGUGGACAGAAAAACAUGGAAAGGUUAAUAACUUUUUAGGAAAACUGAAAGUUUGCUUAAAAAUCAAGGAAUAAUAAGUGAGGAGGUUUUGUUGUACCUUAGUAUAAAUAUUUCUAGAAGUAAUGUUUGGCUUUAAUGCAAUGAUAUUGUCAUUACAAGUGGAUCAUUAGUUCUCUUGCAGGAGCACGAGGAAUAGCUGGAGGAAUAUAAGGAAGUGGACUACAAUAAUGACACUGAGGAGGAGGAGCAAGAGAAGGGGGAGUAGGAGUAGGAUGAGGGGGGGGGGAGGAGUAGGAGCAGCAGGAGGGGGGGGGGGGAGAAUAAAGUUGACCAUGAGCAUGAAGAGGGAACUCUUUUGAAAUUUGGUGUAUUGGUUCAUAGAACUAACGGAAAACCUAAAUCUAGAUAGAGUGUAAUUAUGAACUUCAAAUUUCAUUUUAAGAGCACUGCAUUAGGUAUGUUCUUCCUGCAGGUGGUCCAUUCCUGCCUUCCUACAGAAUGUCAAGUGACUCAUCCAGAUAACUGCAAUGUAGAUUCUGAACAUUAUGCAAAUUUAUGCUUACCAAGCACUUACAGCAAUGCUGAAGGUGGAGGUCAUGUAAAAAUUAGAAAGACUGUAGCACAGUUAGUAACUACUAAGUGUUCUGAUGUAAUAUGUAAAUGUGGUAAAAUAUUAAAGACCAGAAAUCAACAAAAUAUUUUGAAUAAUUAGCAGGUGCAAGUGCUUGCAUGUUAUAGAUUGGGCAGUACCCAAGUACUGUUUAGCUCUUUACAUUAAUUCCUUUGUACUGAUGUGUGAUGAUGAUAAAUAUGGCAAUAGUAGAGAUGAGAGAGGGGAUAUGUGGGAGAUGAACACUACCGCACACACUGCACAGUGGAAUGGUUACAAUAUGACAUCCUAUAGGUACAUAUGCACCACAUUUCUGGGACAGUUUGUCUCAUGUUAUUAAUAAUUAUUUUAUCACAUUAAUUAUUUCCCAUAUGUUGGACAUAAUCUGAGAGCUACUUCUGAUUCUCUUAAAUAAAAUAGCUUUGUAAUUGUCAGACUGCAUUGGAAGAGGGGGAGCCAGGGAGUGUUGUUUGUGUGCAACCAUCUACAUACAUACUCCGCAAUCCGCCAUACAGUGCGUGGCGGACAGUACCUCGUACCACAACUAGCAUCUUCUUUCGCUGUUCCACUCCCAAACAGAACGAGGGAAAAAUUAAUGCAUAUAUGCCUCUGUACGAGCCCUAAUCUCUUCGUAGUCUUUCUAUGAAAUAUAAGUUGGCGACAGUAAAAUUAUACUGCAGUCAGCCUCAAAUGCUGGUUCUCUAAGUUUCCUCAGUAGCGAUUCAUGAAAAGAAUGCCUCCUUUCCUCCAGACUCUCCCACCCAAGUUCGUGAAGGAUUUCUGUAACACUCGCAUGAUGAUCAAACCUACCAGUAACAAAUCUAGCAUCCCACCUCUGAAUUGCUUCUAUGUCCUCCCUCUAUCCGUCCUGAUAGGGAUCCCAAACGCUCGAGCAGUACUCAAGUAUAGGUCGUAUUAGUGUUUUAUAAGCGGUCUCCUUUACAGAUGAACCACAUCUUCCCAAAAUUCUACCAAUGAACCGAAGACGACUAUCCGCCUUCCCCACAACUGUCAUUACAUGCUUGUCCCACUUCAUAUUGCUCUGCAAUGUUAUGCCCAAAUAUUUAAUCGACGUGACUGUGUCAAGCGCUACACUACUAAUGGAGUAUUCAAACAUUACGGGAUUAUUUUUCCUAUUCAUCUGCAUUAAUUUACAUUAUCUAUAUUUAGAGUUAGCUGCCAUUCUUUACACCAAUCACAAAUCCUGUCCAAGUCAUCUUGCAUCCUCCUACAGUUGCUCAAGGACGACACCUUCCUGUACACCACAGCAUCAUCAGCAAAUUGCCACACACUGCUAUCCACCCUAUCCAAAAGAUCAUUUAUGUAGAUAGAAAACAACAGCGGACCUUCCACACUUCCCUGGGGCACUCCAGAUGAUACCCUCACCUCCGAUGAACACUCACCAUAAAGGACAACAUACUGGGUGCUAUUACUUAAGAAAUCUUCGAGCCACUCACAUAUUUGGGAACCAGUCCCAUAUGCUUGUACCUUAGUUAGGAGUCUGCAGUGGGGCACCGAGUCACGCUUUCCGGAAGUCAAGAAAUAUGGCAUUCGUCUGAUACCCUUCAUCCAUGGUUCGCAAGAUAUCAUGUGAAAAAAGGGCGAGCUGCAUUUCACAGGAGCGAUGCUUUCUAAAGCUGUGCUCAUGCAUGGACAACAACUUCACUGUCUCAAGGAAAUUCAUUAUAUUCGAACUGAGAAUAUCUUCGAGAAUCCUGCAACAAAUCGAUGUGAAGGAUAUUGGUCUGUAAUUUUGAGGAUCCAUCCUUUUACCCUUCUUAUAUACAGGCGUCACCUGCACUUUUUUCCGGUCGCUGGGGACUUUACAUUGGGCAAGAGAUUCGUGAUAAAUGCAAGCCAAGUAAGGAACCAAUGCUGUAGAGUACUCUUUGUAAAACUGAAUUGGAAUCCCAUCAGGACCUGGCGAUUUAUUUAUUUUCAACCCAUUCAGCUGAUUCACAACAUCAGGGAUGUAUAUCACUAUGUCCUCCACACAGGAAUCUGUACGAGACUCAAACGGCGGUAUGUUUGUGCGAUCCUCCUGUGUGAAAGAUUUCUCAAAUGCUAAAUUUAAAAUUUCAGCUUUUGUUUUGCUGUCUUCCAUUGCCAGACCAGACUGAUCAGGGAGUGACUAGAUGGAAGCCUUUGACCCACUUACCGAUUUUACGUAAGACCAGAAUUUCCUUGGGUUUUCAGCAAGAUCUUUUGCUAAGGUAUGAUUGUGGUAGUGGUUGUAUGCUUUGCGCAUCGCCCAUUUUACAGCAGCACGAAUCUCUACUAACUUUUGCCUGUUCUCAUUCUCCCGAUCUUUCUUGUACUGCGAGUGCAACUGUCUUUGCUUCCUGAGCAUUCUCCGAAUUGCGCUGUUAAACCACAGUGGGUCUUUUCCGUCUGUAACUCACUUUUUCGCCACAUACUUCUCCAAUGCGUGAUUUACAAAGUGUUUCAAAUUUGCCCAUAAUUCUUCCACGUCCAUCAUACCGGAAGUAAAUGAAGUCAAUUCAUUUAGUAAGUGGGAUGCUAACAACUGCUUAUCUGCUUUUUCUAGUAAGAAUACUCUCCUAGCCUUCUUGACUGACUUUUUAACUUUUGUAACAUUAGUCGUAAUGAAAACAUCAUGAUCACUAAUCACUGUCUCAACACUGACACCAUUGAUCAGGUUUGGUCUGUUCGUGACUACCAGAUCUAAAAUAUUUCCAUUACUCGUUGGCUGUCGAUUUAGCUGCUUAAGGCAGUUUUUGGAUAAUGUAUUCAAAAGUAAUUGACAUGACGGCUUGUCUGUACCACCUGUAAUGAAUCCAUAGACAUCCCAGUCUACACUAGGUAGGUUGAAGUCGCCUCCGACUAAUAUAGCAUGAUCCAGCUACUUCUGCGAUACAGAGUGUAGACUCCUUUUGAAUGAUUCUAGAUCUGUCACGGUGGAACCUGGUGGCCAGUAAUAACACCCAACAUUUAACUUUAUUUCUCCUAGCCCUGUUAAACGUGUCCAGAUAUGGAUAACAAGACUUUGCAUUUACCUUCUAAUCAAGCACAGCAGUGAGUACAUGAUAUUGAAAAAAGAACUAAAAUUUAUUCACUGAAUGUCAAUGACAGUUAUUUUAAUUGAAAUAUAGACGUGCUUGUAGCUUCUGGGUGCUCUGUACAGGACAUGAACCAUUCUAGCUAAAGCUUUCCCUUUAUUGAAUUAAAACAUUUCUCCAAAUCAGAGGAUUAUUUAUAAUGAAAAUAAUAGUGGUUUCUGAUGGCUCAUGAUGCAUACUAUAUCCACAUUUUUUAAUUUGGUAGAUCAAAAAAGAUACCUGUAGUGGGAGGAGAAAACACGCACAAAAAAUAUGGAAAUACACAAGCUUUCAGGGUCACUGACUUCUUCUUGUGACAGAGGUGCUGAAGGGAAAUGAGGAGGGAUGAAGAUAAAGGACUGGGAAGGUUUAGGAAAUGGGGAAAGUUAUGGAAAUGAAACCCAGAACCACCUCCUCCUCCUCCUCCUCCUCCUCCUCCUGAUGCUCCUGCAAUGCUUCCUGUUUCUCCAGAGGCUCCUGCUCCUGCAGUGAUUUUUUACCCUUGAGCAAUUCCUGCGUCUCCCCCAAUUCUUGCUUCUCCAAGAGAGGACUAAGAUAACAGUUCAUUAUGUUAUGGCUGCUAAAAAUUAGUGUCUCCUUCAGACUACAAAGCUAGAUUGACAUCCCUUCAACAAUGAUGUCAUCAGAGAUAGAGCACAGACUCGGAGCUUGGAUUAGGGGGGAUGGGUAGGGAAGGAAAUUGGCCAUGUCCUUUUGAAAGAAACCAUCCUCACAUUUGUCUAAAGUUAUGUUGGGGGAGCUAUGAAGAAGCCUAAGUCAGUAAACCAGGACAGAGAUUUGAAGCUAGGUCUUCUUGAAUGUAACUCCAGUGUCUUUAUGCUCCAUCCGUUCACUUGAUCAGACUAGAGCAGCCACUUCUCAUAAAUUCCAUUUAGAGUUAGAAUUUCAGAAAUAAUUGGAGAGAUUUUGACACUUCAAUUUGCAUAGUAAUUGGAACAGAAAAUGUCUUUAAAAAUGUAAUGACUGUAUGUUAUUGAUGACCAGGAGUCCCUGUCUGGGGAAGUUUGGCCAAGUUAAAAGUCUUUUCUCUUGAAGCUACAUUGGGUGACUUGCAUGUCGAUGAUGAUGGCAACACAACACCCAGUCCCUGAGCAGAUAAAAUCUCCGACCCGGCCGGGAAUCAAACCUGGGCCCACUGCAUGACAGUCAGACUUGCUGACCUCUCAGCUAAGGGGGCGACUUUCAUUUGAUCCACACUCUGCACCUUUAGUUGAAUGAUGAUAAUGAUAUCUCUCUCUCUCUCUCUCUCUCUCUCUCUCUCUCUCUCUCUCUCUCUCUCUCUCUCUGUCUGUGUGUGUGUGUGUGUGUGUGUGUGUGUGUGUGUGCGUGGGGGGGGGGGGGGGCGCGCGCUUGGAGAAACACUCUCCAGUUUGGGUAUGCACGUGAAAAAUAAACUCGCUAUGCAUGCUUGUGUCUCAUAAUCCAUUAAAUUACAUUUAUUAUAUGGUCAAAUAUUAGCAAAUGAAAAGUUUAAGUGGAUGGUAUUUACAAUCCACAAUGACCACUACCAUAAACCUAACUGCACACCACAAAAAGUGAAUGCACUAUCAUCAUGUCAUCUUCCUAAUAUAUCGCCCUAUAUUUUGGAAAGUGACCAGCCUUAGGUACCAUAUCCACUUUGUUUCCUUCUAAUAUGUGUCAAGAAAAUUCAAUACCAAAGUUUCUUCGUGGACUAGUGGAGACAGCAAAAGAAACAAGUGAACAUAGCAUCUUCUAUUUAAAUGUGUGCAGAUAUUUCAGAAAUAAAAUGGAGGGAUGGGACAGUUGCUUUGCCCAUUGCAUUGAAAGGGUACUGUGAUGCCUAAUUUAGAGAUUUAGAAGAAGACAGAAAAAUUUUGCUAUGGAGCUUCUCAUUUUCUGUGACCAUUCAUGGUCAUACAUGCAUGCAUUCUGCGAUUUUUUUGUUUCAUAUAAGGUGAUGGAGGAACAAAAUUAUUUAGUGCUUAAAUCAGGAAUAAUCCAUCAAGUUGAAGUGGCUGAUUUUUAUUUUCCUGCAUCUGUUAUGAACAUUCAGAUCAGCUUGUAUAAAAGGUAUCAGUACACCUGUUUUAUUUAUGUUAUUAGUACUUUGUAAUGUCAUGCAGUUAGUAUACAAAUCUAAUUUUAUUUUGAAUGAAGCCAAAUAUAUCGAAGCUCUGCAUUUUGUACUGAUUGCUAUGUUUACUUCCAUUCAUGAGAGUUUUGCAAACUAUAUUUUUAACCUAUUUUUGUGCAGAGCAUAAAAUUAAAGCUGCAAAGUUUUAAAAUAAAGGCCAUAUGAUAGCUCAUUAGUAAUUUGAAUUACUUUUAUGUCUGUUAGUACUUAAUACAUGAUUGUUUUCAUUAUCUGCAAUUGAACUGCAUACAGAGACUUAGAAGGAUAUACUGCAGAAAUAAAUGGGAACCUACAUCUUGAAGAAAUAAUGUAUCAUUGAAGUUAUAUUGAUACUUGUACAAUAUAAUUGAUAGGUAACUUAAUUAACAAUAUUUAUUAAUAUAAAAGCUUCACCAACUUCCAUUAACAUUUGUUUCCUUUUUUAAUGUAAGUAUGCUGAAAAGUAAUAUCAUGCUUAAUUUGGAACAAAAUUGGCCAUGUAUUUCUUGAACAAAAAUUAUUUCAUGACAUGCCUCUUAUCUGUCACUUCUUAUUAAUACAUUGAAGCUUUAUUGGGGUUUCAGAAGUAUUUCAUGUCAUAAUAAAAUCCAGGGUAAUAGGAAAAGUGUAAAAUUACUGUUGCUUUCUGUAAUUGCUUCAAAGUUAUGAACUGCUAACGAAGAGUGUACAAACUUUUUUAGAGAAUUUGUAGGUGGAAACCAUUUUGUGAUCCCCAGCAAUCUCAUUGCUUGUGUGUUGAAUAAACCUCUGUAUAUUACUUGUGCACUGAUAUUUUGUAUUUUGAUAAAAAAAAACAUGAAAUUAGCUCAUUUAUUGUGUGCUAGAUUCUGAUAAGUGAAAGUUCUCAAAUGAAAUAAAAGUGAAAUUUUAUAAAUGAAUAGUCCCUAAUGGCUUCCACAUUUCAGUGAUUUGUUUGGGACCUGUUGGCAGUGAUCAACCCCAAAGGAAUUGAGUGAUAUACUAUCUCUGAUGACAGUGUAAUGAUGUUUUUUGUAAUGUUUACACAUUAUUGCAUUUCGUAUUAUGCUUAGUAGCUUUUUUAAAACUGCAUUUUAUGUAACUAUAUCCUUUUGGUUGUGUGAGACACUCAGAUUUUACACCAAAUAGUCUGUGAUGUCGACUGAUAUACCUAAUUAUACUGUAAUCACAUUUUAAACUCGACAUGGAGAGGAAAGAAAUUAAUAAUUUGCCCUUGUGUGGCCGGUAGCUGAAAUCGCAUAAGCCAGUUCCACUGUAUAUCACAGAUGGCAAGGCAAUAAUUUAAGAAAAAAUACAGUGUUAUUGUCUGGAUAGACACUGAAGUUCUUUAUGAAAAGGAAUGAACAAAUGUAUUGCCCUUAUGCAUUUGUCAUGCUGGAGAUAA